CGAUGAUGGCGCUGGUGGAUUCUGGCCUAGUGCGCGGGAAAGUGGCGCCGGCCGACCCGCCGGGGCUGGGGCGCGGAUUCCAGGCCCGGGGGUCGGAGGUGGGGGUCGGAUGGGAGACACUGGGACGCGGCGGGGCGGGCGGUGGCGGCGGGGCGGCGGGUGAGUCAGGCGCUGGCGGGUUCCGGGCGGCGCUGAGGCAGCCUGCGCUGCGCUGGGGGAAGGGAGGCUGGGGCGGGGGCGGGCUGUCCCGACCCGCUUGGUCGGGCCGGGCGCUGCCUGGGAGCGGCCUCCUACUGAUCCACCGCGCCGGCCGGGGCUCUGACGACGUGUCCCGCCGGGUAGACCCGCGUGGCGGGGAAGCGGGGGUAAGGCUUCGCCCGCCCGGCCCGGGGAAGGGGAAACGGCGUGCUCCGGCCGCGGCGUGCGGCUGGCUUCCCUGGGGGCGGGCGGUUGCGGCGAGUUUUGGUAGAAGAUAUUGCGAGACCGGGGACUGGGCGGAAAGUGGCCGAAAUAAAGCUGAAAAAUGUGAUGGUGUCCAAACUGCUUGGAGGCUAUCCAUUUAAGGACUUGUCUUCUGAACCAGCCUUUUCUGGAUAUUGCUCCUUAAAGGAUUCUACUGUGCUUGGAAGGGAUGGAUGGUCACUUCUAUGCUGAAGAUGAUUGGAGGAGGAACUGUUUUGAGGGAAGGGUGGCUAAAAAGCCACAGUAACUUUGUUCAACACUGGAGUACUUCAAAAAUAACUCUAAAUAAAAAAUCAUGUUUAGAUAUACGCUCUACAUUUAAGAUCUAAACUUCAGGAUGCCAAUUCUGGUUCCUUCUUGAGGGCAUGUGUUGUUCUUAUUGCUUCCCUAGUAGCUUUCUUUAAGACGCAACUCACAAAUGUUCCUCGUAGUGUGGAAUGCUGGAUGGUUUGGAGGGGAGGGAAUCAUUCUGUAACAUAAAUAAAUCGUAGAGUUUUGGGACGACUAUGUUGAUGGGGUGUCAGGUAAACUGACCAAACAUACAAGAUAAUGAUUCUACAUCUGUUAGGUUAAGAAUAAUGAAUUGGGAGAGAGAAUGUGAAGUAUUUAAACUUCAGGAGACUUCAAAACAAAGCUUGACGUGUGUAUUUUUAAACCAGUGUACUUUAAACUUGUCUUCAAGCACACGUCAAAAAAGACUCCAAACGUUCAAUUUCCUUGUACUUUUAUUUCUAGUUCUAGAAGUCUUGCAUAAUUUUUACGGCUUAGGGGAGUUACGGUACUGUGACCACAGUCUGCUUAACCUACCCCAUCCUAACCACUGCUUCGGUGACCUGUGGCAGACUGACUUUCCUGCUCAAUGAAAUGCAUACCUCUGUUCCCCAAUAUGGGCAGAAGUGGUUUAUAUUGUCUGACAGGCAUGCCUCACUGAUGUUUCCCUAGCGUUCUACGGAUGUUUUCCAAGUUAGCCUUCUAGAUUAGAUAUCUGGCAAGUAUCUGGUGUCUUUUAGCGAAGCCAAAUGUCUUGAACAUUUUUUUCAUGUAAACCUGGGAGGGAAGUAUGCAUCGUGAGCUAUAGGUUAAUAUACUGCAGUUGUAGUUCUUGUUCCUCAGAUUUUAACUGCUAUUUAGGUCAUAAAAGAACUUAAGCUGUCAAGUGUUAAGCUAAUAUGCUCUUCAAGGGUUUAGGUUUGAUACUGCCUAUUCUUACAAUUAGUUUCCAGAAUGAAGCUUGAUUACUCAAUAAAUGUAGUAGCUGCCAGCCAGAUACUUCAAGAGAAAGCGUAACCUAUCAGGAAGAAACAAUUUGUAGAGAUAAGGAGCUGGCUUUGGAGUUUAACUCUGCAGAAUAAGGAAAAAGGUGCAUUACUGAAAGAGAACAACAGUAAGGCUGGGAAGACAGUAUUUAAAGGGGUCUAGUUUUUUUUCUCUGCUCUUAAGCAUUUUGUAAGUUGUUGAAGCGAAGGCUGGCUACAAGAACUGAUCAGAGGAAAAGAUCUGUAGUACACUGUUUCUUUGGUUGUUCAAAGGUGCCUUGCUCCAAGCAAGUGUUUUAAUAGUCAUGAUCAGGUAUUGUAAAAUAAAGUAUUAAGUUAACCAGAAGUCCUGCUUGGUUUUAAUUGCUUUUGCUGGGAGGGUGGGAAGCCUCUGAUUCUUAUUUUGAUGUAGCCUUUGGAUGGGGAGGGGGAAGCUGUUCUAAAAAUGCCUUUCUU